AUGCUGAAGCGCGUGUUUUAUCGAAAGUGCAACGAAACAGCAUCAGACGAGGCCCUGGUUCAGGAACUGCUCAGCCAGGUGGAUGAGCGCACUUUGGAGGCCUAUGAUGGAUCCAGCGAGCUGCCCACAGGCGCAAAGGACGCAUCGGCGGUGGAGUCGCUGCUCCUGCGCUACUUGGUGGCUGAGAAGAAGAGCAUCGAGCAAGCCAGCGCAAGGCUAGAGAAGCAGGCAGCCUGGCGGAGGGGCUGGGGCACCGUGUCAGAGGAGGAUGUCAUGGCAGAGCUGCAGCUGGGCAAGGUCAAGGUGCAGCUGCCGACUACGGGCAGCGCCGGCCGCCCCAUGAUCAUCGUCAAGGGCAAGCUGCACAGGCCAGGCACACCGCCGCUCCUCAUGAACCAGUUCAUCUACUACUGCUUGGAGGCCGCCAGCCACUACUGCUGGCACCCAGCCAACCCGGACGGCAAGCUGGUGGCCGUCUUUGACCUGGCGGGCUUGCAGAUAAAGAACCUGGACGCCGCGGCGCUGCGUGCGUCAUUCACGAUGCUGGAGCAGCACUUUCCGGAGCGGGUGGUGGAGAUCUGGAUGCUGGAAGCCCCCACCAUCUUCUGGGGCAUCUGGAAGCUGGUUUCCCCCUUCAUCGACCAGACCACGCGCAAGCGCAUCCACUUUGUGUACGGGGCAGCGGCGCGGGAGCAGCUGGUCAAGAGCCUAGGCACCGACAUCCUGCCGGUGGAGUAUGGCGGCAGCGCGGCGGAGACGCCGGUGGAGCAGGCCGUGCAGCAGCUGGCCGCCUGGCGCAAGCAGAUGGGGCUGGAGCAGGCUCAGCCGCAGGAGGAGCUGGCGCAGGAGGGUGCAGCGUCGCUGCGUGUGUCGCGCUCCUCCCCCACCCUCGCACAGGCGCAGGGCAGCUGCUGA